AUGAACUCUCAAGAUACCUACCAUUCUGUGCAAGAGCGCUACGCGAGCGUUGCGAGACAGGCUGGCCCCGAUAAUCAAAGGUCCUAUGAACGCAAGGUCGCAACCGCGUUUGGAUAUGAUCUAGAGGAUUUGCGUUCUAUUCCGGACAACGCGAAUCUAGGUGUCAGCUGCGGGAAUCCAUUAGCAACAGCAAAUAUAAGAACAGGCGAGACUGUGCUUGAUUUGGGUAGUGGCGGGGGCAUUGAUGUUUUGCUAGCCGUAAAGAAGGUUGGACUGGAAGGAAAAGCCAUUGGUAUUGAUAUGACGAAAGACAUGCUGGAACUAGCACGUCGAAAUGCGAGAAAUGCUGGCGCCUCCAACGCAGCUUUUAUCGAGGCUUUCAUUACUUCUAUCCCAGUGCCAUCAUCCACUGUUGAUUGCAUAAUCAGCAACUGUGUGGUGAAUCUGGUGCCAGAAGCCGAGAAACCGCUUGUUUUCCAGGAGAUGUUCCGCCUACUGAAGCCGGGGGGCAGGGUUGCAAUCAGCGACAUUCUGGCAAAGCGAGAGCUUCCGAUGGAAAUAAAGACAGACCUUUCGUUGUAUGUUGGUUGUAUCGCUGGCGCCAGCCAGGUCAGCGAUUAUGAAAGGUAUCUGAAACAAGCAGGUUUUCAAGAUAUAUUGAUUCUGAACACCAACAGCGACCUGAACCUUUACAAGGAAAUGUGUGAAAGUGAAAAUGCCAACGGAUCAGGCCAUACCAGCUCAUAUUGUGAUGCGACGGAAUCCAGAGCGACCGGGGAGAUGAAGAAAAUUCCGGAUGUGGAUUUCAACCUCUGGACUGGUUCCUUCAAGAUCCUUGCUGUUAAGCCGGAUAUUCACGACUGA